GCUUCGGCUCUCGACGGCUGUUUCGUUUCAAAUCGUUUCUCGUUUCGUUUUUUAUUUUGAAGCCAAAAAGCUGGGCUUUUUUAUCAGUCUGGCUGGGCGAUAUUCAGUCGGUUUUUUGCUUUCGGCCAGAGCUGACGAACCACCACUCCUGCCUCUGCCUCUGCCUCUGCCUCUCCCCACGAAGGCACUACCAGCCCGGCUAACAGAAUAAUUUUCAAAACAAAAAACUGAGCGGUUGUUGUGACAAAAAUAAAAAAGUGAAGUGUGGCUUACGAAUCUUUCUAAACAAAAAGCUCUUAAAAAUAUAUUAUUUUCGCUAAUUAGCAGUGAUGAGUUUGGCCAAGAGUUACUUCAAAAAUUUAAUUGCUGUUAAUUGCUAAUAUUUUUUAACUGAUUUUUUUUUUUUGGCGUAAAAUACAAAUAUUUGUUAUUUUUUUUGGGUGAAAAAAAAAAAUAUGAAAUAAAACAACAGAAAAUAAUAAAACCAAGAAAGAAAGAAUUUCUGAUAUGCAAAUGGAAUAAUUUUAUUUAUGGUUUAGUCGCCAAAAUAAUAUUUGUGCAAAAAAAAGUAAAAAAUAUUCAAAAAAUAAAAACAAACAAAAACAGACGAAAAAUAUUGAACCUGUUCCGAAUGGAGGCUUGGAUCCGGUGAUUGAGAUAUACUCUGGGAGACCAUAAGAAGGCAGUGUAGAAAGUUUCAGGCUGAUAGCUCUAAGAAUGAAUUGAGGGUCAGAACGCUGCGUCAUGUUGUUGCUGCCAACGGAAAUAUGCAGCAGCAGCAACAACGCCACAAACAACAACAAGAAAAGUUGCCCAACGGAAAGUAAUUUGCAAAAAUCAUAAAACAAAAACAACAACAAGAGAUAUAGCUACCGGCGAAUUUAUAUAACCAGAUUUAACUGGAACAAAAAAAAAACAGAAAUUUAAAAAAAGAUAAAAAAACAAAGGCCAGGCCAAGAAAAUUGCUGGAAAUCUUUUGGUUCACACAAAAAAAAAAAAAACCAACUAAACCCAGAAACCGGCGAAAAGCUACAACAACAACAACUAAACAACAAUAACAACAAGAAUAAAAACAAACAAGUGUCGCCGUUUUUUUUGUUUAUGAGCAAAAAAAAAACCAUUCUGUGAUAUCUAAAGACCCAAAGAUGGCAUCGUUAACCUUGCACUUGAUAGUGAUAGCUCUUCUGCUGGCGGCACUCGCCCUAACAACAGCAACAAAUACAACAACAAACACAGCAACACGACUUCGCGGCAGGGGCGGUGCUGCGGGUGUGGGUGUGGCAGUAGGCGUGGCAUCCACAACGAGCACUGAAGCGCCAACGCUGCGAGCGCCACGCCAGCGUCGUCCGCCCACGACGCAAUCGAUCGACCUAACGGUAUCAUCGCCGUCGCCGUCACCGUCACUGCGCAGUCGCAGUCUCAGUCGCAGCAAGGCAGCUGCAACUGCGCCGUCGCCAACGACGUCACCAAUUCUGCUGCAGCGACGUCGGGGCGGCAGCUUCACGACGCCAGCAGCACAGCCAGCCACUCCAACAACAACAGCAAAGAGCAUAACGGGACGAUCGCUGAGGGAUCGGGGCAGUGUCCGGAGUCCGAGGCAGCCGCGCGACACACCGGAGCAGAGCAGCGACGCCUUCGCCAGCGGCAGCAGCAUCCGACGCAGCUGGCAGCCAGCCCCCCCGCCCGCGCCCACCACGGCAGCCGGCCCCUUCCUGAGCUCCAGCUACAGUUCCAUUUCCAGCGGUUCCCCCAACAAUGCCAGCACCGAUUCCAGUCCCACUUCCACGACUCGUGUUGCACCGAAAACGCCGCGCAUGAUCCAGAGACUGGUGGCCGGACACAUCCACAAUGCCCAGGGGCACUCCACCUACGAGGUGUCGGCGGUGAGCACCAACAGCUCCUCCUCCUCCCUCUUCUCCUCGACGACGACGGAAGGAAGCAGAGACCCAUUUGGGACCAGCACCACUGCGAGUACCACCACUAGCACCACCAAGAAGGCCUCGAUGCGGGGCAAGGCCAGUAGUAGCUAUCGCCUGGCCAAGCCGGGCAUCAAGCCCAUCCGAUCCAGCACCCCGGUGACCAUUACCCGGUUCAGUAAUCCCCCGACCACCUCCAGAUCCACCACACCCCUGCCGCCGAGGGCCAAGACAUCGGCGAUGCCCCCGAGGGACGUGGAGAACGAGGACGAUGAUGAGGCCUUGCUGAACGAGCCGGAUGACUUCGACAACUGGGACAAUGGCAUUUUGCGGCUGAGUGCCGGUUCCGGCAAGGAGGCCGAGGCUCCGGCCAAGAAGCAGCCCAAGGAUGAGGCCAAGAAGACCCUGGCCGACCAGGUGAGGGACGGCAAGUACGGGCUCAUCGAAAAGGAGCUGUUCCGGAGAGUUCCGAAGCGACCCGGAGUCCUGAGCUAUGCCCGGAACUCGGAAGUCCCACUGGACAAUGAGAGGAACUACGGCGGACUCAACGAGGAGGACAUCUGGCUGGCGGAGGAUCACUUGCUGGUGAUCAAGGGCGGAGCUCUCAACGAGGAGGCCGAGGACAACCAGCAGGGUCCCUGGCCGGCCAUCGAUGACUAUGAUGCGCCCGGCAGGCAGAUUAAGUUGCCGGCCAAUCCGGCAGUGCCGCCUCCAUUUCCCGUGCAGCUCGAUCCGCACGGGCCGCUGCAGCUUAUCCGAGAUAAUCAACUCGAGAUCCUCCGUCCGGCGAAUGGCACUCGAACGGAAUCCGUUGCGAACCACCAGGAUUACCACGCGCCGUCCGCCGCCGCCGAAGAUCUCGCAUCGCAUCCUGUUGCCCGGACGGGAGCGUCUCCGGGAGCUCCGGAAGCUCCAGCCUACGUUUAUCCGGCGCCCUACGCCCCGUGGCUGCUCCUCCCGAACGAUACGUCCAAGGGCCUGCUGAGGAGCACCCCGCUCCUGGGCCCCUGGCUCAUCAACGGCCUGAACGGGAACGCCAGCCUGCCCGCCAAUGUCAGUGACUUCGACGAGGACGAUCCCUCGCUGUACUAUCCGCCGGCCUACAGUUUCGUCUACAAGAGCAACUACUCGAAUCCGGUGCCACCGGGUCCCCUGGUGCCCGGAAUAGUCCUUCCCCCUCCCCCGGACCAGUUUAGUCGACUGGAGGGCACAGCCUCCUCCACAACCAGAAGGCCUAGUACUAGCUCUAGUACUACCACCACUUCUACAACGACUACGACGAGUACCACCACACCGAGACCUCCGCCGGCCGCCCUGCCCCCCAUCCGGACCUCCUACAAGCCCAAGUACAAUGCCAUCUCCUACCUGCCACCCCCGCCGCCGGUGCCACCGACCUCAACCCGACAGAACCCCAAGUAUGUGGAGCGGGUGCCAGUGCCGGUGGCAGUGCCCAUUCCCAUCUACCCGGUGAACUACACCCCACGGCCCCAACUGGUCUUCGUGCCGAGCUCCACGGAGAGUCAUGUCCCGGAGACGGGUCAGGACACCCCCCUCUCCAAGUCGAACCCCAUCUACUACGAGUACUUCGAGGCCAAGCGGCAGCCCGGAUCGAUCAAGUCCAACGUCAUCGAUGACUUCCUGGCCACCAAGCCGCCCAAGCGCCACCACCACCACCAUAGCCACCAGCGGGAGCAGCUGCAGCACUACAAGGCAUCCCCCAGUCCCGCCAAUGACGUGGCCGAUGUGGUGAACAUCACGCCCAAGCCGAGGACAGCGCAGCUCCAGCUGCACGCCGAGUACGAGGCUUCGCUGGGCCAGCUCCUGAGGAGUAAUCUGAUAAGCCCGCCCCAGGGAGGAACAGCUGGAAGAUUCCAGCCCCCCGACUUCGACAAGCAGCCCUUCCUGCCCAUGGUCAACUACAGUGCCGAUGAGCAGGACCAGAAUGCCUUCAAGGCCAUUGUCUACCAGCCCCCGCCGCCCAGACAGCGCCACCUGCGAGUGGGAAAACAGCAACUUCAGUUGGAACCCACUCUGGUGGACAAUCCUUCCCUCUCUGGGCGACACUAUCGCGUCGGAAAGCAGCAACAGCAGCAACAACAGCAGCAGCAACAGGUGUAUGAUCCGCAGCUGUACAGCACUCCGGUGCCCCAGUUCCUGGAGGAUCCACAGCUGCGACCACCGGCGCCCAUCCAACAGAAUCCCCUGCAGUUCUGGCAACGACCUCCGCCCCAGUUCCGGAAGAUCCGACCCAAGCAGAGCUCCCACCUGCCCCACCCGGCCCAGUAUCCGCCGUACUUUGUGCCCGGCUACCCCAGUGCUCCGGCCGGAGAGCCCCUCUACCGCCUGGUGCCCGUGGCCCAGCACAAGCACUGGCGGAACAAGCAGCAGCAGCAAUCGCAGAACAUCCAGACCCAGGGAUAUCCCGACAGGAGCGUCAAUAUCGGACACAGCUUGGCCGGCGACAUCCUGGUGAACUACAACACCAACAACCAGUUCAAUCCGCAGGCGGAGCUGGUGCCCCACGCCCAGUUGGCAGCACCCCCUCCGCCGCCACCGCCACUCUCCUACCAGGCCCAGAGCGGCCAGCCCCUGUGGGCGGAGAGGUCGGACAGAUCGGAGCGGGACAGGGAUCGGGAUCGGGAUCGGGAGCGGGAGAGAUCUGUGAGGCAGUCAAGGGAGCAGCAACAGCCGUAGGGAAUCGCACUAUUCCGUAAUCAUUAAGACCGUAAUAGUGCUAUUAACGAUGGUUUCUAUGUCAUUUCAUAACCGUAGUGUCGAAUUGUGAUCUAUAGGGAGGCCACCUGGCCAGGGAGUCCCAGCUUAGACCAAUCAUGUCUCAAUUUCAAUCAUUAUUCAUUCAAUCUCUAAGUGACUUUUGUAGAAACUGUACUUUUUAGAGAGAAACUCUACUUCUUGAAGCAACUGUACUUUUUAAACCAACUGUACUUUUGGAAGCAACUGUACUUCUUGAAGCAACUGUACUUUUUUUGCAGAAAUGAUAAUUAAACCCACUAUACCUUAAAAAUUAAAUAGAAAACUAUACUUUCUAAAGCAUUAAAUCCCAAUAUUAUCAUAAAUACUAUACUCCUCCUUCUAAAUUCCUUCGAAAACGCCCUUUUUCAUUUCAUUUUAAUUACAGUAUUUAACUUUAUUCUCUUUUCUGCGAUUUGAUAUCCAAUUUAUCGAUAAACCGAUUUUAUUUCAAGUUCUUUGCUACCACUUAUCCAAGUAGUUACAUUACGUAGAGCUGGUCAUAUAAGAUAAACCCCGAUUUGAUCCUGAUCGAUAACCGAUUAUCGCCUAUCGCCGAGAGGGUUGCACAACACAAGCACACACUCACACACACACAUACAUACAUAUAUUUAUACCUAUAUUGCAAUAAAUAUAAAUAAUAUAUACGAAAAAAACGAACCUAUGUAAAUAAAAAUUGGAGUGCAUCGUGUUAUCGAUAAUAUCGAUAAUCGAACCAAGCACUUGGAAACUUAGUCUUAGGGGCAGUAAAAUACAUAUUACAUACUAUAUCCGUAUAUAUAACCAUGAUAUCGUUAGGAAUCUUUGAUUUUCCUUAUCCUGCACACUAAAUGUAUUAUUUUUUGUUUUGUAUUUAUUUUAAUCUCUUAAACUUUCGGUCGAUUUUUGUCAAAAAAAAAAAGAAAAAAAGAUUUUGAAAAAAUAUAUUAUAAUAUCUGUGUAAAAGCCAUAACAACUAAGGUCACUAUAAGUUUAAAGAACAAAUCACGCUAUGCAACUAAUGACAACCCUAUGCAUAAAAUAAAAUUUAAAACUAAGUUCUAUUACCAUACACCAUAUAAUAUAUCUUGUAUGAUUUUUUUUUUCUUAAUUUUAAAUGAAUAAAAUAAAUUUUAGAUGCAAAUUCUUAUUAUCGAAAUAAAGAGAAUUGAAAAAAGUGAUUAUUAAUCGAUUAAUCGGUGGUAAUUGUUGGGGUGGCAACCCUAACAGCUGGCUAGAUGUAAACAACGAUAAAUGCGCCUGCCCGAGAGAGCCUCGCCGAGAGAGCGCAAGUGGAUUGUAAGAGAGGAAGAGAGAGCCAUUUCGGGGGAGGAUUGACGAAAAAUCGAUAAAGGACUAUCAGCAGGAAGCUCCAAGGAGCCGAUUGACUUUGGGCCGUAAAAUGAUUACGAGCUAAAAGCUAAAAAACACCUCGCGCCAAAGCGGGACAGGACGAUUAAGUGUGCGAGCGAGAGGGUCCGCUACCAGGCGGAUGUGUGUCUCUCUGAGUGUGAGUGCGAGUGUGAGUGUGAGAGCAGCAACAGCAAGCCAAGGCAGCAGAGCAGAAAACAGCGAAAAAGUUUUUGGAAAAACUCCGCUUAAACGGGAUUAUUAAAUUGCCAAAAAAAAAAAACAAAAUUCAACGAAAAAGGAUACUCCCAAAAAAAGCCAAAAACAUAAAAUAU